CUCAAAGAGAGAGGAGGGCAAUCCCAGCCUUUAUUUUUCUUUCCAGACGACCACAGUUGAGCACAAAAACAAACUUGAACCAGAUGAGCUGUGGGUCAACAUUCGCGUUAAUGUCCUCGUCUGAAGAAGUUGAACUGAAGAAAAUUGGCUGAAGAGAUUUCUCUCUUUUUGUUUUUCCAUUGUUUAAAAAAGGGAAGGGCUGUGCUAAGACAAAAUACACCAAUUGGAAAUUAAGUUAAGCGACAGUGAGUGCGCACUUUACGCACAGAGCGCAACAUGAAACUUUGAAACGAUGGACUACCUUGUCUUUAUUGUUGUUCAAGUGUGAGGCUGCACUUAGGCUACUUGAUUGAUGACACUUUUUUCAAAUGUCGUUGCAACCAUGUGCUGUGGCUAAGAACUUUUAAGUGCACCAAAAACCUGAGGCGGUACGCCUAAAAAACACACCAUGGGGGCCAAGCAAAGCACCCCGGUGUUUGAUGGCAGAACUCGAGCUUAUUCCAGCUCUGAUCUACCAUCUGGAAACUCCGGCGGAGUGGAAAGGGUUGCGGGGUUUAGGUACACCAAUGGACCAGAUGGCCCGAGGAUUCGGUAUACGGGGGGUGGACAAGCCAGCUCCGGGCUCAGUAUACCGGCCGGCGGCAGGUCAGGGUCACACGUACUCAAUCAGAGCCUCGAUGGCACGGAUGGUGACGACGAGGGCCAGCUGCCUCCUGAUGGCCACAGGUUGCUCAUAGGCUCCCUUCCUGCUCACCUGUCGCCUCGCCUCCUGGGAGGGUUCCACUGUCCACUUUGCUCCAAGUUUUUGGCAACGGAUGAAAUUGAGAAGCACCUGCUCAAGUGUUUCAGCAAAAUGCGCCUCACCUACAACAAGGACAUCCUGUCCAGAGACUCUGGGGAAUGUGCCAUCUGCUUAGAUGAGCUGGAGCAGGGAGACACCAUUGCCAGGCUGCCUUGCCUCUGUAUCUACCAUAAAGGGUGUAUAGAUGAGUGGUUUGAGGUGAAUCGCUCAUGUCCAGAGCAUCCUGCUGACUAAGAGCCAUAAGAGACUACUUUCAGUCAAUUUUUCAUCACUGUGAUGGACUGUGUGCCUGACCUCAUCCCAAAACUGUCUGUUCCAGCCGAGCACCGCGCUCCUCAGGGAAUUUAGGACAUUUUUGCGUACAGGAUUAAUCAUGUUGCCUGAUGGACUAUAAGUGGACUGUGGACUUGCUUCUAAAGACAUCUUGGGAAACUCAACUCAAAGAACCACUGGUGGAGUAGUUCUCUCCAUAAAAUAUGUGAAUGUUCCUUGUGCCACCUGCUGGCCUUAAGUAGCUUCCUCCAACUUGGAACCUGAACUGAUUUGUUGAACAUGGUGUGUUUGUAUAACAGAGAACUAUAACCAACAUGGGAGGAGAGAAACGUCUCUUUUAAGCAGAUAUUUAGUUUGAAAGAUUGUUUAUAAGGUUUCAUCAGAACACUGUAGGCUCAUGGUGUGCAAUGUGAAAAGCAGCCAUGGAUAAUAAAACAAGCCUAUACCAGCUUUAAGGGAAGAUCACAGUGUUGAUGGUCGUUAGGAAAUAGAUCUGAAUUUCAUUGUGAAAUUGGCUAUCAUUGUGCAACAAUCAUUGUCCUAGACCAAAUAGUAUGACGUGAAAUAGUGUGUCUUUGUUAAUCAACCUCGCCAUUCAGAACCACAGUAAUGUUAUUGUGUAGUUUUGCGGUGGAAUUAAAAAAUAUUCGUAGUCAUGUCUAAUGAUGAUUUAUGCUCUGUCUAAGGAGUGCCAUAAUGUGCUGCUAUGUCAUAGACUGGAAAAAUUGUAUAACCUUCGAACCUUUGUUUAUUGUACUUUCUACUUGUACUGUAAUAAUUGCACAACAAUAAAUGUUUGUCUUUGUGUCUGGCUAACAGGAAA